GUGUCAAAAUGAAAUUGAGGCGGAAUAAGAGUCGACCGUCGGAAUAUAACCUGAGAAUAGCUUCGUAACGGCGACUGAAUCGACUCAAGAUAAGGCCUCAGCCAUGGCUCAUGGGAACGACUGCCGGCCAGCGCUGGAAGAUGGAGCCGACCAGCAGCAGCCUCUCAUUCUGGAUAGAGUUGAAAGAGAAACUGGGAAAAAAUGGCAAACCGUCGUGUCCAAGCGGCUGAAGAAACACUGCACGCCACAGAAGGCGAAAUCCAAAAUUCUAGGCUUUGUCCCAAUUCUGAAAUGGCUGCCACAGUACCAGCUCAGGGACUGGAUCCUGGGGGAUGUUAUGUCAGGAGUGAUUGUGGGAAUCCUAUUGGUCCCCCAGUCCAUAGCUUACUCCUUAUUGGCCAGUCAGGACCCCAUUUAUGGCCUCUACACGUCUUUCUUCGCGUCCAUCAUAUAUGCCCUGUUAGGCACUUCCAGACACAUCUCAGUGGGGAUUUUCGGGGUGCUCUGCCUGCUGGUGGGCCAGGUUGUGGACAGGGAGUUAGCUCUGGCAGGAUACCUCACAGAAAGCAGCAGCAACAGCAGCGACGUCCUGCUGGCCGGUCAGGGGAACGGCAGCAUUGGCGUAGCGUGUGACAGGAGCUGCUAUGCGAUCACAGUGGGAGCAACUGUUACCUUUACUGCUGGGGUUUACCAGGUGCUAAUGGGACUUUUGCAAGUCGGCUUCGUGUCCGUCUACCUCUCUGACUCCCUUCUCAGUGGCUUCGCGACAGGAGCUUCCCUGACUAUCCUCACUUCCCAAUUCAAAUACCUCCUGGGCUUGAAGAUCCCCCGUCCCCAGGGCUGGUUCACCCUGUUUAAGACCUGGUACAGCCUACUCACCAACCUGGGGAGCACCAACAUCUGUGACCUCGUCACCAGUUUGGUGUGUUUGGCGAUACUGUUACCUACAAAGGAGCUCAACGAUCGCUUCAAAUCCAAGCUGAAGGCUCCCAUCCCCUUUGAGCUGUUUGUGGUGAUAAUUGCAACACUUGCUUCUCACUUCGGCCACUUCAACACUGAUUAUGGCUCAGACGUGGCCGGUGACAUCCCCACGGGCUUCCUCCCUCCCCAGCUGCCCUUGUGGUCCCUGAUCCCCAGCGUGGCCGUGGACGCCUUCUCCAUCGCCAUCGUGGGGUUCGCCAUCACCGUCUCGCUGUCAGAAAUGUUCGCCAAGAAGCACGGCUACACGGUCGACGCCAAUCAGGAGAUGUACGCCAUCGGCUUCUGCAACAUCCUGCCGUCGUUCUUCCGCUGCUUCACCACCAGCGCUGCUCUCACCAAGACCCUCGUCAAGGAGUCGACGGGGUGCCAGACUCAGAUAUCAGGGCUGGUCAGCGCUCUCAUCCUGCUGCUGGUGCUUCUGGUUAUUGCACCACUUUUCUACUCCCUUCAAAAAUGUGUUUUAGCUGUCAUCAUCGUGGUGAACCUCCGCGGCGCUCUCCGAAAGUUCACUGACAUCCCCAGCAUGUGGCGCGCCAACCGCAUCGAUGCCGCCAUCUGGCUGGUUACCAUGGCAACCUCAGCGCUGGUCAACACGGAGCUCGGUCUCCUCGUGGGGGUUUUGGUGUCAGCCUUCUGCGUCCUGGGCCGAACCCAGCAGGCCCACGUCCUGGAGCUGGGCCGGGCUGCGAGCAGGGAGCAUUACGAGGGCCUGUCGCAUUACCGCGGCCUUCAGACGCACCCUGGAGUGGCCGUGUUCAGAUACGAGGCUCCCAUCUAUUACGCCAAUCAGAGCCUGUUCAAGAAAUCUCUCUACAAGUGUGUGGGGCUCGACCCCGUCAAGGAGAAAUCCCGACGUGUGAAGUUUGAGAAGAGCAAACGGCGGGAAGAGGCUGCGAAUGUUAAGUCAGAAGAGAAAGAGCACGCGCGUAAAGAAAAUGAUGCCGAAGCUACUGUAACCUUGAUGCAUGACAAGAAAUCAUCUCACAGCUCGCGCAACGUCGUGAUCGACUGCAGCGCCGUCUUGUUUCUAGACACCGCUGGAGUCGGCGCUCUGAAAGAAGUCCGCAAAGAUUACGCAGAGCUUGGGGUCAAGGUUGUCCUGGCCCACUGUAAUACCUCAGUACUGGACACUCUGGAGAGAGGGGGAUACUGCCCCGACAAAAAAGGAGGUGACGUAGGAGAGAACAAAAUGAUUUUCUUUACUAUUGCAGACGCUGUCCACUACCUCCAAAGCCUCUGUGCUGCUAACGGAGAUCAUGACACCAAAUGCUAAAAGGAUGCUACAUCUGUCCAGAUAUCUUUCUUUACAUGUAUGUAGCGUGUAUCUCACAUAUGACAAAAAGGAAAUUCUGUUGUUACCGACGUGCCUUGUACAGCGGUUCUUUCUUUGUUUAAUUAUUUAUCCUACAUUACUGCUGUGGACAAGACUUUAUUUCAUAUUGUUGCAGCAUGUUUACAUCUUAUUUAUACGUAGACAUGGAACUGUAGUGUAGAUUAUUUAAGGUACAAAUGUAACUUCACAAUCGGUUUAUUUCUCUUUAGCAUCAGAAGCUUUUCUCGGGUGCUUCCUGGGCUUCAAGUCAAUCAAGUCAUAUGCACGGCGGCUAUAAACUUUUAUUUCAUAGCAAAUAUUUAACUAAAAUUAAAUGCAAUUGCGCCCUACAGUCCGUAAACCACAAUCCUAAAGAACGUUGUGUGUUGUCGGACUGUUCUGCCUCGAGUCAGAUAAUUUCAUAUCUGUUGUUUGGGAAGUUUUAGUUGAGUUCUAGUAAUCAUUUCAAAGUUCUUCUAUAAAUUAAAAGCCUAUAGUUUUUCUACAACAUAAAAUCCUAAAUCAACUUCCUA